GACGUCGGGCGGGGCGCGGGCUGGAUGUCGCCGGAGGUCGCGCAGGAGAAGCUGGCGCCGCUGCGCGCCGCGGGCGUGGCGGAGGUGCUGGUGAUGAGCGGCGAGGUGUCCCCGAAGGCCCGGUCGCGACCAGCCUGGGUGCGCCGGGUGGAGCGCCUCUGCGAGCUGGCGCUGGAGGCGGGCCUGCUGCCGCACGUGAACGUCGGGCCGCUGUCGGAGGCGGAGUUCGAGCGCCUCGCCGCCGUGAGCGGCGGCAUGGGCCUCAUCGUCGGUGACCGAUGGCGACCGCACGCUCGCUGUGCACAGCAAGGCGCCCUCGAAGCUGCCCUCCCUGCGCCUCGAGCAGCUGCACCUCGCCGGGCGCCUCGGGGUGCCCUUCACGACCGGGCUGCUGCUAGGCAUCGGGGAGACGCAGGCCGAGCGGGUCGCCACGCUGGCCGCCAUCGCCGAGGCGCACGCCCUCCACGGCCACGUGCAGGAGGUCAUCCGAGGGCCCUACACCCCGGGAUCGCGCGAGGCGCUGGGGGCGUCGGGCGCCGGCGGGCGCUUCCCGGCGGGGGCGCUGGUGGAGGCAGUGGCGCUGGCGCGGCGGCUGCUGCCCGAGGACGUG